CAGAGUUUGGAAGGGUGUCCGGGUUUGAAAGUCAUCGGAGGAAAUAUUUCAGGUGUAACGUUAGUUCCUUCAUUGACUGUAGAAAACUGAAGGAGAAUCAUGAGUGCCAGAAAUAGAUCCUGCUCCUCCUCAAUUCUCCAAGCAUGCAGUUCAUCAUCCUUUACCAGACAACCUUCUCGUGUGUUGAUUGUAGAUGCAUCCCCACCCUGGUGGUCAGAGACGUGCACUGUUCUGUGUCAGGCCCUGGAAAAUUUCUUUUUUUUGACCAGCAGUCUGGCAGGGCCUGUUCGUCUACCACUACUGAGUGUUUUUGCUAUAAGUGUACAACUGGAGUGCCUCCUACCUUUUGUGCAAGUUAAAGGGAAUUUGACACGUCUGCUGUCCUGUGUGGAGGAGCUUCGUUCUCUGCCUCAGGAAGGCUGUGUUCGGCAACGGGGCACACUGCUUACACAGGCAGUGCUGGACAGCUUGCAGCAGCUUAAACAAUACAUGUGCCAUACAUCUCAUAGGGACAUCAACAGCAACUGUGUGGAGGUGACUGUAUUAACCUGUCAGUCAGGAAAGACAGUCAUCAGACAGCUGGAGCAAGGCCUGGAAAACUCAGAUCUGAUGAGCCUGCGUAGGCUUCUUGUGAUUCAAAUUGCAUUACAGCAGAGUCUCUGUGACAGAUCUCCAGCUUGUAGCCUUGAGACACCAUCUUCUGAAGAUAACCAGGAAGAGAGUCUUAUGCUGGGGACGGAGAUGGAUCUGCAGCUGGUGGAGGGCACAGUUGAGGCCUUGGAGAGCACUCUGAAAAUGUGGCUUCAUGAACAGGGGGGAGAUCGAGAACACUUGCACUUGUUGUUACCCCCUUCUUGUUUUUCUGCCAACAGCAGCCCAAGCCCGGUCUGUUUAAAGUGUGACAUGCAGGAGAGACUAAUCAGCCCAGCACUGCUUGCCAGCACUCCUGACCUUGGAAUGAAGACUGAGAGCAUGCAAGAUUUCCAGCCACCAAACAAGAGUCUCACCAAUCAAAACUUCUCACCACAGCGCUUACGAGUUGUCAAAGUUCUUCAUGCCGAUGGAGUGUGUCAGUCUGUCCUGUAUGGACUACCACUCAUUGUCAGACCAACCUCGUGUUGGCAACUGGACUGGGAUGAAAUGGAAACAAACAACCAGAUGUUUCAUGCACUCUGUCACAUACUAAAAACCCGUGACUGGUUCCUUUUGGUGCGCUCAGAGUCUGAGCCGGGGUCUUCUCCAGGUUCUGGUGUGUUCUCCUACUAUGUAAUUCAGUCUUCUGGUUCUCACUCUCUGCUUCUGAAACCUGUGAUGACACGAGAACUUAUGCUGCCCUGCUGCUUGCCUGUCUCAGUGGAAGACCCUCCACUUCUUGCUCUCAACACUGUGGAGGGUCGACAGUCUCAGAGUCGUGCACGAGCCACAGUGACCCCUCUGCCCUCUAUUCCUUUAAAGAUGCCUCGCCCUUCACUAACUCUCCACCACUCCCGACCCUGUGUCCCUGCUGCCUUUUUCCAGGACAGUUAAGAGGAGGGAGAUCCUUUUAGGAUUCAGUGAGGAGAAAGAAAGAGAAGAAACCUUUCACUGUGUGAGGAAACACAGCACAUUGACAUUGACUGUUGUGCACAAGAAGUUAGAGCAGUCGUUUCUAAACUGCAAGACAGGAUGUUCCAUGCAUGCACUUGACUGAAUAUGCUAUUGUACACAUUGUUUGCACAGACCAAUUACAAUAUGUUUGAGGUUAUUCAUAGUUACUUUGCUAUUUAAAUGACACUGUACAGUGUGAGGAACAGUAAUGGAUUUAACUUCUGUACAUCCCUUUCUCUCUUACUGUAUGUUUAAAAAUGUAACUAACAAACACGUUAACCAUACAAAGAGACAUACAAAUUGAAACAAACCUACAAAAACAGUGACUACUGAUUUCUCAUUGGAAAAAACCACAAACAUUUCAGUAGGUCCUGAAAUAAAACAUGAAAGUUAUUUCUUAUUCCUCACAUGUGAUUUUAUAUUCUUUAAAUGGUGCAAUAGCACACAUUUAUGUAUCUCCUUACAGUACGUAUAAAAAACCCCAGCCCAGAUUAAGUAACCUCAGUACAUAUUUAAAUAAAAACGUCAGCAGCUUUGACCGAUACUGCAAAUUUAGCACAAAUGUUUGCAAUUAAACAUAAUAACUAGCAUGAUUUCACUCUUAAACUAACCGGCAUGCUGUAUAGUUUAACAAAGACUGCACUGCGGCUGGGGACAAAACAGUAUAGUUGUGGGGUUCAAAGACUAAACCACAGACUUUUUAAAUGACAAUAAGAAGGAGAGCAAACUGCCUUUUCAGUGUAAAUGCUGUGGCUAGAAGUCUCUGCAGAGAGUUGAGGAGGACGAAGGCCAGAGUAGAGGAAAAGUAGAGUCAUUGUCUUCCUUUAUGGAAUCAUCCAGUACAGCCACAAGGGAGGCACACUGUGCUCAGCUGAACAGGAAUUUGAGGCCUUCGAUGAGUUACAGAGAGCGAAGUGAAGGAAAAAGAAAGAAAGCGGUCACUCUGUGUAGCCUCAUGACCUUGAGGAACAAGGUUCAGCUUUGGAGGCACUGGUUAAAAUUUGUGGGAGCUGAGGGAAAUGGUUCUGAAAGCAGGCUGAUGUCAGAGCUGAAAUAUUACUCAAUGGUCCUCUCUUACUAGUAUUGCCUCAUUAAGCUUUCUGCCAUUCCACCCACCUGGUACCGCCUACAUCUCGUCUUUGUGACGUCAUGGUGAGGUUUCAUUUGUGUAAACAGCACAAACAGCAGACAUGGAGAGAGGAUCUCGCAUUGUCCCAUUUUUUCAGAUUUUAUGUUUACAGUCUUGUUCUGUAGUUAGAAAAGAGUGUUUAAUUGUUUUACAAACUACAUUUUCCUCUACUUGCUAACGUUUUAAGUGUGAGACGUUUGGGUCAAGAUCAAGUUCAGCUUUUUACAACAUUGUUGAAAAUACAAAUCAAUAAAUAAUUGACUUUAAUAAAUGAAACAGUUCUCUUACUGGUUACAAAAGUUGUUCUGUACUGUUUAAAAGUUUUGGAAUUAUUUAUAUUUUUCCAAUUUUGUACUUCCAGUAUUUUUUUCGUAAAGCUACACAUUAUAUAAUAAUAAAAAAUGAAUCUUUAUAAA